AUGUCACAACCACCAAUUUCAAACAGACCAUCAACGAUUGCAGCAAAUGGUGGAAGUCUUGUAUCACCAAAUAGUAUAGUUAAUAGUAAUAGCAAUAGUAGGGGUAAUUUAACUGGGGGUAGACCAUUACCCUCACCACCAAUCAAUACUAGUUCAGGUUCAAUAAAUGUAAAUAAUAAUAAUAAUAGCAACAAUAAUACAAAUGGGGGUGUACCAGUUUCAUCAUCACCAUUAAAAUCGCCACCACCAUUAAAACCAAGACCAAAAACUUUAUUAACACCAGUUGCACCAAUUGGUUCACAAAAUCCUCAACCACCUUCAUUACAACAACAACAACAACCACAACCACAACCACAAAAUACAUCAUCAUCAAAUUUAUUACAACAACCAUCACCAUCGCCAUCACAGCAACCACCAUCACAGCAACCACCAUCACAACAACAACAACAACAACCACCAUCACAACAACCACCAAAAUCUACAUCACCACCAGCUUUACCAAGAAGAGAAUGGCCUCCAAAUAAUACUAGCAGUGGUAAUUUAAAUAGUUUAAAUAGUAGUGGUGGUAAUGUUAUAAAUAGGCCACAACCAGUUGCUGAUAACAGUAAUAAUAAUAAUAGUAAUAAACCAGUAAAUGUAACAACACAACCGCCACAACCACAAACUACACCAAUAAAACCAGCAUCAACCGCUCUACAAUCAACUCCAAUAAAAGAAACAACAACAACAGCAACAGCAGCAACAACAACACCAGUAUCAGUUCCAACACAAACAGCAGUACCAGUUGCACAAGAAACUUCAUCAACAGUAACACCAAUUAAAAUUAAUAAUCUUGAAGCAUCAGGUCAAACAACAGAAAGUGGUAAUAAUUCAACAUCAACUAGUACACAAUCAUCACCAUCAACAUCUACACCACCAACACCAAACUCAUCAACAUCAACCACACCAUUAUCAACAUCAACUACACAAUUAGCACCCCCACCACUAGCACCACCAUUAUUCAACACACCACCAAUUAGUGUUUCUCAAUCAACCUCAAGUGGUAAUUUAAAUAGUUUAUAUUCAUCAUCAGCACCAACCAAUUCAGGUAUGGCCAAUUAUAAACCAAUUUCACCAAAUUCUAGUAUAAUCUCACCAAGUAAACCUGAACCAUUGGUUUUACCAUCUUCAAUUUCAACAACCACUACACCAACAAAUAGUACUCCAAAUACACCAUCAACUCAGCAACAACAACAACAACAAUCAUCACCAAAUAAUACAAAUGAAAAUAAACAAAAAAGAAAUUCAUUAGGUGAACAAACUUCAAUAACAUUAGAAAAAAUGGCACAAGAAUCAUCAUUAACCAUCAAUGAAAAGGAUGAAGAGGAAACAAACGAUAGUAGUGGUAAAAAAUCCAAAUCUAAACCAAAAUUAUUCCCACAUCAAUGGUCAAUGGGUAAACCAUCGGAAAAAGAUGCUAAAAAGGAGGAGAAAGAACGUAAAGAAAAUGAAAAACGUGAAGAGAAAGAACGUAAAGAGUUGGAAAAACGUGAGAAAAAAGAACGUAAAGAAAAGGAGAAAUUAGAUAAAAAAGGUGAAAAAGGUGACAAAACAGAAAAAGAUAAGGAAAAAGAGAAAGAAAAGGAGAAAGAGAAAGAGAAAGAAAAAGAGAAAGAGAAAGAUAUAAAAUCUGGUAUUGAAAAACCACCACCACUCUCUAGAACAUCUUCAUCAUUUGCCUCGAAAUUAAAACAUGCAACUUUAAGAGGAGGUAAAGUGAAUGACAUUGAUGAUACCGACUCAAAUAGUGGUAGCAGUGUUGGUAAUAGUCCAUCAUUGACAGCACAAAGAGAUACAAGAGGUUCAUCAGUUCCUCAUCCACCAGUAAAUAUUUCCACCUCCACCAAUUCAGCAACAACACCAUCAUCAUCGUCAUCGUCCACUCCAAUCUCAUCACCACCACCAUCACUUUCAUCAUCUUCAAAUAUUGCAAUAUCAUCAUGUUCAGCAUCAAAUCUUUCAAAUGUUUUGGCAGAUAAUAGUGGUUCAAGUACUGGUACAACACCAACAGACGGAUUUUCAUCAUCACCACCAAAUGGUCAAUCACCAUCAUUAUCAUCGACAGCACAUCGUUCAGCUAUUCAUUUGGAUACAAGCCGUGGCUUAAUGACAUGGGGAUCAGCAUCAAAUUGUAAAUUAGGCUUCAAGGUCACAGCAAAAGAUCAAUCACAACCAACACCAGAAAGAUUACCAAAUUUCAAUAUUCCAGACAUUUGUUCGAUUUCCUCAGGUUCCUAUUAUAGCUCUGUAUUGACAGAGAAUGGUGAUGUCUAUCUUUGGGGCCGUGGCGCUGUAAAGACACCAGCCGUUCCAAUUUUAGGUAUUCCACAAAUUGAAGAUCAAUUAUUACCAUUCAAAUUAGAGUCACUCUCUGAUGUUGUCUCUGUUUCAAUUGGUUUUUGUCAUGGUGCAGCCGUUAGAGCCAAUGGUGAACUUUUAACUUGGGGUGUUGGUGAAAAUGGUCAAUUGGGUCAUGGUGAUACAAACAAUCAAAUCGAACCAAAGAUCAUUCAAUCACUCACUAGUUUUUGGAUCACCCAAGUACAAUGUGGUGAGAAACAUACUAUUUGUCUCACAAAGAAUGGUAAAGUUUAUUCAUGGGGUGCUUCAGAGUAUGGACAAUUGGGUUUGGGUGAUGUUACACAACAUUCCUCACCAAUGCAAGUCAGUGCCUUGGAGAAAUAUAAUGUACUUCAAAUUGCAAGUGGUUCAACUCAUUGUGCAGUUUUAACCACAUCAAAAGAGGUCUUGGUAUUUGGUAAUGGUGCAGCUAUGGGUGCUGCAAGUGUUGUAAGUUUACCAACAUUAGUACCAUCAUUGAAAUAUCUUCACAUUGAUAGACUAUGUUGUGGUCAUUAUUCAACCGCUGCUAUCACAGAAUGUGGUGAUGUCUAUACUUGGGGUACUGGUCAAGAAUUAGGUCAUGGUGGUAACUCAACUGAAACCUCACCAAAAUUGAUCGAAGCAUUACGUAAUCAAUCAAUUCGUCAAAUUAGUUGUGGUGGUCGUCAUACUGCAUUCUUGACUGAUUCUGGUAGAAUUUUUACUUGUGGUAAAGAUUCAUUCGGUCAAUUGGGUCAAAUGUCAGGUGAUCAAAAUAAACCAAAAAGAAUUGAAUCCUUAACAAAGACAACAUUCAUUUCAGUGUCAUGUGGUGAAAAUUAUAAUGUUGCAUUAUUUGAUACCACAAGAUCAUUUAGAGAUAAAUUCUGUUGGAAAUUAUUAGAAACUCAAAGAACCUAUGUUAGAACUUUAGAUAUCAUCCAAACCAUAUUUUUAAAUCCACUUAGAAUUCGUGAUCGUGAUUUGUUACCAGAAUCAAUGAAACAUUUACCAUACAUUUUCUUAUCGGAAGAAGAGAUUAGAACCAUUUUCGGACCAAUAGAGAAAUUGUAUGCAUUGAAUUCAACAUUACUUCAUGUUAUGAAUAAAAGAUUUGCAAAUUGGUCCAAUAAAAAGAAGGUUGGUGAUGUUUUAUUGAAUCAUUUCAAACAUUCCGAAGAUACAUUCAUUCAAUAUAUGGAGAAUUUACCAUUGGCAUUGACUUGUUUAGAUAACCUUUGUAAGAAACAAACUGCACCAAUCAUUGGUUACCUUAAAGAAUGUGAAAAACUUGCAUUGGAUAGAAAGAAGAUCGAUACUGAUGAUGAUAGUAAAGAAUUUAAUUUACGUUCAUUAUUGAUAGAACCAUUGAAUAUCAUUUCACGUUAUCAUAAAGCAAUCAAUGGUAUGGUUAAAUAUACAAAAACCACUCAUAUCGAUUAUAGUGGUUUGGUUGAUUUAGAUGGUAUCAUGGAGAUCAAAGUAAACAAAGUUACAAAUAUUCUAAACAUUACACAAUCACCAUCAUCAAUGGCAUCUUACACUACCUCAAAUCCAACGGUUACAGCAGUUUCAAGUUCUUCCUCUGAAAAUAGUGAAUUCCUCAAAGAGUAUGAUAUCAAAUUGGAAGCAUUACAAAACUUUAAGAAAACAUGUACAAAGAUCAUAAAAUCCUCAAAGAAAUACUAUGAAGUUGAACCAGAUUCCUUCAAAGAACAAGGUCAUUUCUCUGAACAUCUUAUCAAUGUAAAAGCUUGUUUCGAUGGUAAUAUCGAUCCUGCAUUGGCCGCUUCAAUCGAUCAAUUCUCUAGUAGCAUUAAAAAGAUUGGUUAUCUUCGUUCAGAAUUAUCAACUCGUACUCAUACCUCAUUUGCUCAACCAUUAUCAACUGUCGCCGAUGAGUUGGAAAACUUCCUUCCAUUGAUUACUGAAAUGAGAAAACGUGUUUUCGAAUCUCAUACUGAGUAUGAAAAUGCUGUAAGUAAACUCUACUCUUUGGCAAAGAAUUUACAACCAACUGAAAAGAAAAUGAUUGAAGCUGAAAAGGAAGUUGCAUCACUUAAAAAGGUUUUGGAUAAAACUUUGUUUGAAUUUGAUGCAAUCUUUAAGGAGGGUAUUUCCAUUCAAACUAAAUCACUUAAACUAUUCUAUGCCUGUAUGAAAGCACAACAAGAAUACUAUGAACGUGGUUUACAAAGAUUCCAAGCCAUGAAACCUUCUUUCGAUGCAUUGGAUACUUACUUUAGACAACAAAGUAGAAAUACUUGGGCUAAAUCAAUUUUCGAAACUGUUACCACAACUUUUACUCAAGAGAAGGGUGCUCCAACUCCAUCAUUAACAAGUAUCAAAUCAACUCCAAUUAUUCAAUCUCAAUCAUCUGCUUCUUCUACUUUACAAAUACCACCAUCAGAUAUUGCUGCUGCUCCUUCUUCUACUCCAUCUUCUGCUCCUUCUCCAUUGGUAUUGGCUACUCAAUUAAAUUCUGUAAAUAACACUGAUAUGUCUGCCAAUAGUAGUACACCAUUAUCUUCAACUCCAAAAGAACAACAUCCAUUCGCUUUAUCUGAAAAUAUUGAAAAAACUGAAUCAUCACCAUCAACUAAACUACAACAACCAACUAUUAAUGCCACAACUACAAAUACCACCACUUCACCAGUAGCUACUACAACUGCAACAGCAACAACAAAUAAUAACACUGCAUCAUUAUUAGAUCCACACCAAAUUAUGACAGAAUUAGAACAAUCAGAUUGGACAUUCCUUAUGGAUCCACCAGCAAGUAAUGAGUUUACAGAUACAUUCAUAGAGGAACAAUAUAAUGGUUUAGUUGAAAUUUUAGCAUCACCAUCACUUCAAGUAGCUCAAUGCGUUGUUAGUGCAGCACCAUCAGAUCAACAAUCUCCAACCAUUGAAUCUAUUUCAAGAAUAUUUGAAAGUUUCAAUAAGAUUCGUCCAAUUAUUCAUUCUGGUAUUGAACAAGAGGUAUUGUCAACUGCUAAUCCAUCCACUUUAUUCCGUUCCAAUACAACCGCUACUAAGUUGAUGACAGCAUUCACAAAACUCAAGGGUAUGCCAUACCUUCAAAAACAUAUCACUCCAUUAGUACGUGAAAUCAUUGAUAAUCCAAAUGGCUAUGAAGUAGAUCCAGCUAAAAUCAAUGAAGGUAGUGAAGAGUUGAUGACAAAUAUGAUGAAUCUCAUUCAAAUUUGUGAGAAAUUCACAGAUGCCAUCAUUGAUUCCGUCGAAAAUUUACCAGCUUCCCUUAGAGAGAUUUCAUCCUAUCUUCAACAAGAAGUCGUAAAGAAAUUCCCAGACAAUAAGUAUAGCAGUGUUGGCGGUUUUAUUUUCUUACGUUUCCUAUGUCCAUCAAUUUUGGCUCCACAUACAAGUGGUUUGGUUGAAGAACAACCAGGUCCAGAAGCAACAAGAGCCUUGGUUUUAAUUGGCAAAGUACUUCAAAAUCUUGCAAAUGGUAUAGAGUUUGGUCAAAAAGAAUCAUUUAUGAUUCCAGUCAAUCGUUUCAUCAUUGGUAAUGUCACUCGUUUAAAUAAUUACUUUGAUAAACUCACCAAUGUUCCAAUGUACACAUCAUCCGAUUCCAUAAGUACAACAUCAAGAGAGGAGGUUCAAAAGGAUAUUCGUAACAUUCAUCUCCUUAUUGUUAAAAACCUUUCAAAAUUAGUCAAACAAUUGGCACUUUACAAACAAAAAGAGAUUAUAGGUCAACUUUCAAAAACUUUAGUUUUCUUAGGUGAUCCAUCUUCAAUGUAUAAAUAA